GCUACCGUGGUGCGAGUAUUUCCCCUUUUGUUUAGCGGUUAAGGCCCCUCUGUUUGGAACUUGAAGGGGGGCCAUGUUGUUUAGCCGCUGGGUGGUUUUUUGGUUGAUGUUUUAGCUCGCACAACACCAACUUGGCAAUUAGCGUCGGCUAGCUCCCACGCUAGCUAUUUAUGGUGCAUUCGGCUCGUAGCGCGCAGCCAGUGAGGCAUUUCGCGACGACAAACCGUGUUGUUUUCCGCACGACACGGCACCCCACUAGCGUACUGUAUAACAAUGGCUUUCCCGUGGAAUGAGCGUUCCAUGCAGCAUCCUAGGUAUGAAUGACGUGGCCUGGCAGGAGACAAGAGGUGGGAUGCUGCAUGCAAAUGGUGCUCCUGAGACCGGAGGUGUCAGAGUUCAUGGUGGGGGGCCCUUAGCCACAGUUGGAGGAGGUGGACAGGCUCCUGGAGUUCCACAUUUACAGGGCAUGGACAGGGUUGUCAACCCUACCCCAGGUACCCCGCAGCCUCCACUGAGUGGACGAUCUCAGGAUGAUGCCACAGUUGGAUACUUCUUCCAGAGGCAGCCUGGAGAGCAACUCGGAGGUUGCACGCCCAGCAAGCACCGUUGGCCGACUGGAGACGCCAAUCAUGUUGAUCAGGUCCGUGCUGUGGAUGAAAUGAACUAUGACUUCCAGGCUCUUGCUUUGGAGUCAAGGGGAAUGGGAGAGCUUCUGCCAGCAAAAAAGCUGUGGGAUUCUGAUGAGUUGGCCAAGGAUGGAAGGAAAGGGAUGCUUCUUGGCGAGGAAUGGAGGGACAAUGCAUGGGGAUCAUCUCAUCAUUCAGUGUCUCAGCCAAUCAUGGUGCAGCGGCGACCAGGCCAGAGUUUCCAUGGGAAUGGUGAUGCCAAUUCUGUGCUUUCACCUCGCUCAGAAGGUGGAGGCCUUGGGGUGAGCAUGGUGGAGUAUGUCCUGAGCUCCUCCCCUGGUGACAAAAUGGAUGGUCGCUACAGGAAUGGUGGAUAUGGUGGUGGAGAUGUUGACCAAGAUGGGAGAGAGAAGAGUGAUGCCCAAGAGAAAGUGUCCCCCUUUGAAGAGGACAAGAGCCCAGAGAUGAAGGUGGGAGAGGAGAGUGAUCCCACUAAAGCCAACGGAAGAGGCCUACUAAAUGGCAUGGACAGAGACUGCAAAGAUUUUAAUCCAACCCCUGGAAGCCGUCAAGCCUCCCCCACUGAGGCCAUCGAGCGGAUGGGUCCUAGUCAGACAGGUUUGGAGAUGAUGGGACAGCACCACCCACACCUCCAACAGCACAACCCCGCUCAAAACAAGGCCCCAGCUGAGGACUUCCAGAACCAGGAGGCCCAGAACAUGGGAGGAAUGGAGCAGCAAGGUGGUGUGGAGUCCCUCCAGUUCGACUAUGCGGGAAAUCAGAUUCAGGUGGACUCAUCGGGGACUCCAGUCGGAUUAUUUGAUUACAGCUCCCAGCAGCAGUUGUUCCAGAGAUCUAAUCCCCUGACCGUUCAACAGCUCACUGCAGCUCAGCAACAACAGUACGCCCUUGCUGCAGCCCAGCAGCAGCAUCUUGCUGGCCUUGCUCCUGCAUUUGUGCCAAACCCUUACAUCAUCAAUGCUGGCCCCCCUGGAACUGAUCCCUACACUGCUGCCGGGCUGGCAGCAGCAGCCACGCUUGCAGGUCCCACAGUGGUUCCACCACAGUACUAUGGUGUUCCUUGGGGUGUGUACCCGGCCAAUCUUUUCCAGCAACAGGCUGCAUCAACUGCCAAUCACUCAGCUAAUCAGCAAGCAUCCAAUCAGGGACCAGGGCCUGGCCAACCUCAGGUGAUGCGUACAGGAAACAACCAGCGACCUCUUACACCUGGUCAAGGUCAACAGAGCCAGCAAGAAUCUCUAGCUGCAGCAGCUGCUGCAAACCCUGCACUGGCCUAUGCAGGAAUGCCUGGUUAUCAGGUGUUGGCCCCUGCAGCCUAUUAUGACCAGACUGGGGCCCUGGUAAUGGGACCUGGUGCCCGAACUAGUCUAGGUGGGCCAGUCCGUCUAGUCCAGACCCCUCUCCUCAUAAACCCUGCAGCAGCACAAGCUGCAGCUGCGGUGUCAGCAUCUGGCUCCGGUAACAACAUGUCUGGUCCUCCAGCCAACGGACUGUACCGCUCAAUGCCUCAACCUCAGCCCCAGCCGCAGCAGCAGCAGGCUCCCCCGCCCAGCAGUGGCCUGCCCUCCAGCUCUUUCUAUGGCUCUGGAUCAGUCCCCAAUACGUCUCAGAGUAGUUCCCUUUUCUCACACACCUCUGCUGCACCACCAAGCUCCUCCCUGGGCUUCAGCAGUACCGGUGGCUCUCUUGGCGUUGGCCUGGGCUCUGCUCUUGGAGGCUUUGGCUCCUCUGUAUCCAGCUCUACCAGUAGCAGUGUGUCUCGCAGGGACUCCCUCUUGGCAAGUUCUGACUUAUACAAACGCGGCGGCAGCAGUUUAACCCCCAUCGGCCAGCCCUUUUACAACAGCCUGGGAUACUCGUCUUCACCCAGUCCUAUUGGCCUCACACCAGGUCACUCCCCACUCACUCCUCCCCCCUCUCUGCCCUCCUCUCAUGGAUCUUCCUCUAGCCUUCACCUAGGUGGCCUGACCAAUGGCAGCGGGCGUUACAUUUCGGCAGCACCUGGAGCUGAGGCAAAGUAUCGUAGCGCCGGAGGGACAUCCAGUCUAUUCAAUUCCAGCAGCCAGCUGUUCCCUCCCUCUCGACCCCGCUACAGUCGCUCCGAUGUCAUGCCGUCCGGACGUAGCCGCCUACUGGAGGACUUCAGGAACAAUCGCUUCCCAAACCUCCAGCUCCGUGAUCUACCUGGACACAUGGUGGAGUUCUCUCAAGACCAGCAUGGAUCCAGAUUUAUCCAGCAGAAGCUUGAAAGAGCCACUCCUGCUGAGAGGCAGAUGGUGUUUGGAGAGAUUCUGCAAGCAGCGUACCAACUGAUGACUGAUGUGUUUGGAAAUUACGUCAUCCAAAAGUUCUUUGAGUUUGGAAGUGCAGACCAAAAGCUGGCUUUGGCAACACGUAUCCGUGGACACGUCCUGCCCCUGGCUUUGCAGAUGUAUGGUUGCAGGGUCAUUCAGAAAGCCCUGGAGUCGAUUUCCUCAGACCAGCAGGUAAUUAGCGACAUCGUCCGAGAGCUUGAUGGUCACGUCUUGAAGUGUGUCAAGGACCAGAAUGGCAACCAUGUGGUUCAGAAAUGUAUUGAGUGUGUCCAGCCGCAGGCCCUGCAGUUCAUUAUUGAUGCCUUCCAGGGACAGGUGUUCGUGCUCUCCACACACCCUUAUGGCUGCAGAGUCAUCCAAAGGAUUUUGGAGCACUGCACCCAGGAGCAGACUCUGCCCAUCCUGGAAGAGCUGCAUCAGCACUCUGAGCAGCUGGGCCAGAAAUAUCAAGGCGUAUCAUUGGAGAUGACACCCAAAACAUAUUAUACAGUGUCCCGUGAUGCACUGUUCAAGGAUCAGUACGGGAACUACGUCAUUCAGCAUGUUUUGGAGCACGGCAGGCCAGAGGAUAAGAGCAAGAUAGUCGCAGAGGUUCGUGGGAAGGUUCUCGUCCUUAGCCAACACAAAUUUGCAAGUAAUGUCGUGGAGAAGUGUGUGAUCCACUCCUCACGUGCAGAGAGAGCUCUGCUGAUCGAUGAAGUGUGCUGCCAGAAAGACGGACCCCACAGCGCCCUGUACACCAUGAUGAAGGACCAGUAUGCCAACUAUGUUGUCCAAAGAAUGAUUGACAUGGCAGAACCUGCUCAGCGCAAAAUCAUCAUGCACAAGAUCCGGCCUCACAUUGCCACUUUACGCAAGUACACCUAUGGGAAGCACAUUCUAGCCAAGCUAGAAAAGUACUACAUGAAGAGUGGAUCCGAACUGGGUCCCAUUGGUGGCCCCACGAACGGCCUUAUGUAGUGACAUCAACGUCCUCAGUCCCCUAAAGAAGUAGAGGAGUUGGAGCUCCAGACCCCCUGUUCUGUGAGAGACGCUCCUUGGCCAUAGGGGUUAGCCUUUGACACCCUUUGUCGUCCCUUUUUGGGGGGGGAAUUACCAAAAAUGAAAUUUAAAAAAAAAAAAAAAAAAAGACAAGUCAACUUCACCUAAGAACGCUGUGACAACUGAGCCCUGCCACUCUGCCACCCCUGGUGCCGGUCCCCAGCGUGGACCCCAGGGGACGCAUAGUCAGCAGGCCGACUUUUCCUGGGUAAAGCACAAGCCCAUUGUUAAUGAUGUAAUUGAUGUAUUUGACUGGUUUUCAUAUUAUCUUGUACAUUUAGUUUUUUACCUUGUAAAUUCUCUGUAGAAAAAAAACUUAUUCACAUUUGCUGAAAUUUACAAUUCCUACAAUUAACACCAGCAAGUGAUUUUAUAAGGCUAAACUGAGUGAUCCUUUUUAAACAAAAGAAACAAUUCCAUUUGUUUUUGUAACCAGACUUAUUAUGUCAGCUGUUCUAAUUAAGUCUAGGCAAUUGAAUAUUAUAUUUAUAUAUUAUCUCAUGCACAGUAAAAGUGUUUUCCCAUGCCAAAGCAGCUGAUGGAUUAGUUUUCAGAUAGCACUACAUAGUAUGGAUGGAUAUAAACUCCUCCGUCCACAGAGAGUACUAUGUGUCACGUGCCACAGUCACCCAGAGGUCUUCGAGACCGCUUUCUAUGAGCUUUGCUUUCGGGGAUCGGUGCUUCAGUCUAGGGUGGUGUUUCCCAGUGGUGGCUUUUUCUUGCCUACCUGAUGUUUUCGGUACUAAUUACUACAGACUGACCAACCUGAGCUGCUGCAUCCUCUGAGCCCCAUUCGAGCCGUCGUUCCCUCAUCAAGGUGAUCACUCGGAGUUUAUGCAAGAUAAAAGCUACCAUUAACUUAUAGAUGCAGACAGAGCAUGAGUUUGGGUUGUACAGCAGGCGUGUAACCUGGUAUAAUCUUAACAUGAAUUGACUGUAGUGUGUGGGGGGGGGGGGCUUUUUGUGGGGAUAGUGGGGGUGGGAGUGGGCUAUGUGUUGGCAUGCUGUGACAGGUUUUAAUCCUUGGAAUGAAUUUUUUUCUUUAUCAUGUUUUGUGUAACAUCUUAUCUGUCUUGUAGUUUUGAGAUGAACACUGCCCUAGAAAACGGUAUCUUUCUGUACUGAAUAAUCAUCUCUUGCGUAGAAGUAGUUUAGCGAUGUAUAGCAUCUUUAUGUAUGAGUAACUUGUUGCUUUUGGGUAGGGGGCUUUGCAGCAUUGAUGGGACCCCCACCGCCUGAAGGUCAGAGUAGUCGAUUUAGAAAAAAAAAAUGUUGUGGAGUGGAGCUUGUCCCAGCUUUGUACAUCUGAGGUGAAAUGAACUAGAACUAGUGGGAUGAGUUGAAGAAAGGGAUGCUGAAAGAACCUUUUUUUUAUAUGGUUCUGUUUUUGUUUUAUACGUUUCUUUUCCUUCGGGUGGAUAUGCAAGUGCAUUGGUGGAGGCUGGUGGGGCCAUUGAAAGCUAUACAAUUCACCUGUAAUGCUCGUAGUGAUGGCUUCUUUGCUUCAUAUGAAUAAUUGUAGAAUACAUGUAGUAUAUGUGCAGUUAAUAAGUGUAAGAUUAUUAGUUUAAUUGAAAAAAGAAAUGUCUAGUCGUGGUGUUUGACAGGCCUUGCUCUAAAUUUGUAGUGAUGCUUUUAUUUCGUCUGUACAGUUGUACAUUUGUAAACGUUUAUGCUGUAAAUGGGAUGUCUUUUACACUUUUUUGGGGAGAAAAAGGCAAAAAUGUGCAUUUUGAUGUGUGUAUAUUCAUCACUCCUUUCCCCUUGAAUAUAAUGUAUACAGUUUUAUUUGAUCAAGUGUUAUUUUAAAGAAAAAAAACUUUAUGGCUUCACAAUCUGGCAUGAUUUUUGUUUUUAAUCCGCUAUGGGAAAGGCCAGCCUCUAUUUGUACCAGAGCUGUAACAUCCACUGUUGAUAGUCUUUCUGAUGUGUGACAGUUUAAAAAAAAAAAUAGAUUUAAAAAAAAAACACUCUGUACUAAAACUGAGGCUGCAUUUAGUCCUCUCUGCUACCAUGGAAACUUCACAGGAUAUGACAAGAAUUAUUUUUGUACAGAAGAGUGCUGUAUUUUGGAACAGCUACUACCUUGUAAGCAAACGCAAUGUAAAAUAUUGUCAAUUAUAUAAAUAUGAACAUAUGAGUUUUGUCACACUGUCAAAGUCAUGUACAUUUUCAGGUGGCCUUAUGUACAUUUCCAGAUGUUAGAUGAAGAAAAAAACUCAUUUUUGGAAGCAGAAUUGUGACUAUGUAUGAUUAAACUGUUCUUCUAACAUUUGA